AUGGACCCAUCUCAGUACGCGGGCAUCAGAAUGGAUCCCAACGCCGCCAUGGGCGGCAACGCGGGCAUUCUAACCGCGACCAUGCGGCGGAAGGGCGAUUACCACAAGCGCGCGGACGGCAAGCAAGCGGUGGUGCGGCUGUCGCCCGCGCUGUUCGCGCUGAUCGAGGGUCUCAAGGAGUGCAUGUCGCUGGCGAGCGGCGGCAUCACGGUCACCAAGAUGGACGUCGUCUCCUUCUUCCUCGAGGCCGCUUACUCCGAGAUCGACCGCCUCUUCGCGCCGCGCCGAGCCAUGCCCGGCUGGAUGGAGCGCGAGACGGCGCUGCGCGGAGCGUGGGAGGCGGAGCUCGAGAAUCGCCGCAAGGCGGGCGUCGUCGGCCCGCUGCACCCGCCCGCGCGGCCGUUGCGCUUCGCGCCCGCGUCCGUGAGUCCGUCCAUGGGGCGCGACGGCGUGGCGGACGACACGCUCCCCGUCGCCUACACCACCGUCUUCGCCGCCGAGCGCGCGGCGGGCGCUCUGGGCGCCGCUCAUGGCGGGGAGGCGGCGAGUGCGCCUGUGGGCCCCACGUCGGGCCUCGGAUCGCGCGGGCGGCACAAGUGGGGGCGGAAGAACUGGUAUGCGGGGAUGUCCGGGCGCGGCAGUGGCGCGGGGAUGCAGCACGCCGUCGCCGUGCCCGUGGCGGAGUACGACCCCAGCGGAGCCGGCGCCGCCGCCAUGCUGGCGCCACCCGCCGUGGGGUCGGAGAUGGUGGUUCACCCGGGCAUCACUCUCGAGCCCACCGGAUCCUUCUCCGCCACUGCGGCCGCGGCGGGGGGGCACGGCGCGCAGAUCGGCGCAGCGAACGCGGCGGGCGGCAUGGGCGCGGUGGACACGCGCGCUGACGCCGUUGGGUACGGUGCGGUUGCCGCCGCGGGGCAAGGGCGGCAGGGGCGGCGGCAGCUGGCGUGGACGCAGCCGAACGCGGCGCGGAACCGACACGCGUGGCUGCGCGAGGCGAUGCGCAGCGCGGAGGUGGCGGCGGCGCAGGAGCAGCCGAUGGUGUGGGACAAGGUGGCGAUGAGCGGCGCGGGUGGGGCGGGGGAGGUGGGAGACAGCGGCGGUGGUGCUCCAGGAGAGGGUGAGGGGACGUCCGCGGGUGAGGGGGUGGCGGGGCACGGGGAAGAGGCGGGGGGCGACGGUGGUGGCGCAAUCGAGCAGGCGAACGCACUAGGUGAAGGAGUGGAAGGAGGGGUUACUGGGGAGGGGAUGGUUGGGGCGAAGAGGAAGGUGGAGGAGGUGGAGGUGGGGGAAGAGGAAGAGCAGGCGCACAAGAGGCAGGCACAGCAAGAGGAGGAUGAAGCGGAUGGCGGGCAGAUGCAGCACGAGGAGGCAGAGACUGUGGCGAGUGGCCUGGCAGGUGAAGGAGGGGGUGGCGCUGGUGAGCGUGGCGAGGCAGAGGAGGGCGGGAAUGAAGGGAUGGGAGGUGAUGCAGGCGACGAUAACAGGGGAGGGCAUGGGGAGACGGACCCUGAGAUGGAACAUGGGGCUGCUGUGGCGGUUGUACAGGCCGCAGAGCCCGCAGAGGCCGCAGAGCCCGCAGAGGGUGCAGAGGGUGCUGAAGCUGUGGCAGGGGAAGCGACUGAUGCUGCUGCUGAAGUGGUGGGGGAAGAGCAGGCAGGAGGCGAGGAAGCAGCACCUGUGGAAGCGGAUGCAGCAGCAGGGGAAGGUGAAGAUGACGAGUGA